GGUUGAAUAGGAUCAAAAAGGAAGUUGUGGGCCUAUUUGGGAGAAGAGGAAGACAAAGCUUUCAUCCACUUUGGAUUGCUUUCGUCUGGUUUAAGCAUAGUGGUUGGGAUUGGAUGUUAUCGUUAGGGAAAAGGGGUAUAAAAACCAGAUUACCAACUAGAACUGAAGUAGAAGAGAAGAAAUGUGAUUGCUUUCGGCUUCGAUGUGACUAAAUGGCGAUUCUGUAGAAGAAAGUUUUGCUGUUGGGACAUAGACACAGUGAGGAAAUGCAGGCAAACAAAUCCAGCAGCAGAGCUGCAAAACCUUCCCACAGGAUAUCCUCAGCAACCACUAGACCUCAAAGUUUAAGCAAGGCAAUUGGAGCAGAUGCUAACUCUACUGAAGGCAUUAAUCACCAGUCACGGAAGUUCUCAUCUUACAGAAGCCAAAAAGAAAAUGAGCAGAAAUCAGACUAUUAUAAUUCAGUUUUUCAAAAGAGUCUUCCAAGCCAGUUUACCGAUCUAGAAUCUCGGCUUGGAGAACUCCAAGAGGAGCUGAAAAGAACAAAGGACCAGCUUUCUUUAUCUGAAUCAAGUAGAAAGAGAGCCCAACAGGAAGCUGAAGAGGCCAAGAAGCAAAUUUUAAUAUUUUCUUCUAAGCUUGAGGAGUCUCAGCACCAACUUAUAGAGCUUUCAGCAGCUGAAGAUGAUAGAAUACAAGAGCUUCGCAAGCUUUCUCAGCAAAGAGAUAAGGCAUGGCAGUCAGAGCUGGCAGCUCUCCAAAACCAGCAGUCAAUAGAUAUGGCAGCUUGGAGCUCCGCCAUUAAAGAGAGACAGAAACUCAAAUCAGAGAUUGAGAUGUUUGUCAAGUCUGAGGCUGCCAUGGCCGAACAACUCGAAAGCACGAAUUCUGAACUGUGUGCCGUAAAAGAAGAUAUCUUGGAGAAAAAUUCUGCCAUAGAGAGGCUAAAAUUUCAAAUUGCAGAGACAAAAAGUGCUGAAGUCAAGGCAACAGAAAGCUUAAAUGAAGCCUUGCUUCAGCUAGAUAUGUCUAAAGCUAGAGUAAAUGAACUUGAAGCCAUGGUGAAGAAAUUACAAGCAAAUCAACGUUUUGAGCAAGAGGAAGAAAAGCUGAAGAACAAUCUGCUUCCACCUUCUGCUAGUGAAUUAAUGGAGAAAUUAGAAACUUUAUCUAGUGAAGGAGAAUCUAAACUAGAAUCUGAGCUGAAAGAAGCCAAGGCUGAGAUUGCCAACUUGAAAUCAGAACUUAUAAAUAAGGAUGAAGGUCUCCAAAACCUGCAAUCAAUAGAUAUGGCAGCUUGGAACUCCGCCAUUAAAGAGGGACAGAAACUCAAAUCUGAGUUUGAGAUGUUUGUCAAGUCGGAGGCUGCCAUGGCCAAACAACUCGAUAGCACGAAUUCUGAACUGCAGGCUGUAAAAGAUGAAAUCUUGGAAAAAAAUUCUGCCAUAGAGAGGCUUAAAAUUCAAAUUGCAGAAAGAAAAAGUGCUGAAGAUAAGGCAACAAAAAGUUUCAAUGAGGCUUUGCUACAGCUAGAGAUGUCUAAGUCUAGAGUAAAUGAACUUGAAGACAAGGUCAAAAAAUUACAAGCAAAUCAAAAUUUUGAGCAAAAGGAAGAACAGCUGAAGAACAAUGUGCUUCCACUUUCUGUUAAUGAAUUACUGGAGAAAUUAGAAACUUUAUCUAGUGAAGGAGAAUCUAAACUAGAAUCUGAGCUGAAGGAAGCAAAGGCUGAAAUUGCCAACUUGGAAUCAAAACUUACACAUAAGGAUGAAGAUCUCAGAAGCAUAUCACACAUGAAUAAAAAGUUGAAUGAUGAGAUAAGGGCAAGGGUGAACCAAGUAGAAGCUGAAUUCAGUUCAAAGAUCACACAAGCAGCCGUGGAUAUCUCAGAAUUGAAAGCCAGACUUUCAGACAAGGAGGUUGAGAUCCAGAAACUGUCAGAUGAGAACAAUCUGAUCAAAAUGGAGACGGGGAAGAAAGAGAUGAAAGAGAUGGAAGGCAUUAAGAGUUAUGAGGCUGAAAUGGAGGCUGAGCUGAGGAGGGUGAAGCAGCAUUCAGAUCAAUGGAGGAAGGCUGCUGAAACUGCUGCUGCUAUUCUCAUGGCUGAAAGCCAUGGAAGGAUUGUUGAGAGAACUGGUUCAGUUGAUCCACAAUCUUUUUAUGAUGGAAGAAACUUGAUGCGUUCACCAAUUUUAGAUGAAAUUGGUGAAACAUCAAGGAGCAAGAAUCACAAUGUGCUGACGAUGAUUGGUGGGUUUUGGAAAAAGAGCUAGUUAGCACCUCAUGCCUUCAAUUUUUUGGGAUAAUUACAUACAAACCACCCAAAAUAUUGAUAUUUGCAAAUUAAGCACCGAGGUGAUUUUUUUGAGCUACUAAACCUAUAUAUUUACGUCUGUCAUGAUCAAACUAUUGAGAAUUUGAUAAAAAUGAAAAAUAUGGCAUGGAGUUUUACCAUG